CCAUAAAUGUGUGACAAAACAAUAAGCAAUAACCUGAAGAAGCAAAGAAAAGCAUGAUGAAGCAUACUCAUGAAACCACCGUGUGUUUGUUCCUAGUAAUCCUUGCAGCGGGAAGAAUGCAAGGAUCAAGUGCAGUGGACUACACCGUAACGAACAGGGCCCUCUCAACUUCAGGGGGUGUCCGAUUCCGUGACCAAAUAGGUGCAGUGUACGCAAGACAAACCCUUGACAAAGCCACAAAAUUCAUAUGGUCAGUAUUCCAACAAAACAGUAACCCCUCUGACAGAAAAACCGUCCAAAAAGUGAGCUUGUUCGUUGAUGACAUGGACGGUGUUGCGUACACCAGCAACAACGAGAUCCACCUUAGUGCAAGAUACGUUGGAAGCUACUCAGGUGACGUGAAGACAGAAGUGACUGGCGUCUUGUACCAUGAGAUGACUCACGUGUGGCAGUGGAACGGGAAUGGCCAAGCCCCUGGUGGCUUGAUUGAAGGGAUUGCGGAUUUUGUCAGGCUCAAGGCUAACCUGGGUCCUAGCCAUUGGGUCAAGCCUGGCCAAGGGAAUAAGUGGGACCAGGGUUAUGACGUCACGGCUCGCUUUUUGGAUUAUUGUAAUGGCCUCAAGAAUGGCUUUGUUGCUGAUUUGAACAAGUUGCUUAAGAAUGGUUAUAGUGAUCAGUUCUUUGUUCAGUUGCUUGGCAAAACUGUUGAUCAGUUGUGGAAGGAUUAUAAGGCCAAGUAUGGCAACAUAUCAUAAUCAUUUUCAAUAUCUAAGAAAACAAUAAGAUCAAAUCAUACUAAAUAUGUAUAAUCAUCAAUAAGUGUUGUAUGUUCUACCAAUUAUAUUAUAAUGGUUUACUUAUAGCUUGUUUGAUUCA